AUGGGUGUGUUUGGCCCCGUUCCCCCUCUCCCGCGCGCCCACCUGCGCAUAUUUUAUGCUAAUGAGCAGGUGCAGUGGCUCUUGAGGCGCGCGGAGGGCCGCUCGCGGAGGAGCCGGAUGGAGCAGCGCAGGGAGCAGCGGGAGUCCAGCCGGAGGCGGGAGCAGAAGGAUAAAGCAGCAGAAAUGGGACACCGCUUCCCAGGGAGGGCAGCGGGGCGUUGUGUGUUUCCAUGCCUGAACGGAGGACAUUGUGUUCAGUCAGAGUCGUGUGACUGCAGCCUGUAUCAGGCCACCGGACACAGAUGUCAGACAGUUCCAAACCCGGGCUUUGAGAGGGAGAUGACGUGCAGGUCGUGGGGUCAGUACAACUAUGAGACAUUUGACGGCCUUUACUACUACUUCCCUGGCCGAUGCACGUACACUCUGAUGAGGGACUGUGAGGAAACCACCCAGGCCAGCAUCAUCAUCCAGGUCCACAAUGACCCGAGCUGCAGCUUUGCACCUUACACCUGCCAACGAUCUGUCAGCCUCUUCCUCCCAUGGGAGGGGGAGCUUCGGCUGCACGCUACUAAUGUCACCUUCAAGGGCCAAAGUCUGCAGCUACCUGCUCACAUCCAUGACCUGCAGCUGGAGCAGAUCUCUCAGUACGUCCUGGUUACUCAGCAGCACGGCUUCACGCUGGCCUGGGAGGGAAGCAGCGGCUCCGUCUAUAUCAAACUCAGCCCAGAGUUUGUGGGCAGAACCUGCGGCCUGUGUGGCAACUUCAAUGCCGACGUCCAGGACGACCUGAAGACCAGUUAUGGUGUGCUGACUCAUGAGAUUGAAAUGUUUGGGAACAGCUGGGUGGAGGCGGAGCCACAUCAGGCACAGUGUCCCAUGGUGCCUUCAGGCUUCCCGUCACCUUGUGCUGCUGUAGAGGCUCAUGUCAUGCUGAAAGUGGAGGAGGUGUGUGCCAUGCUGCUGGAUCCGCCUUUUCAGAGCUGCCAUGACUUUGUCAGCCCGCUGUCCUACAUGGCCAGCUGCUCCAACGACUUGUGCAUGUCGGGUCCCAACGGUGAAGUGGUAUGCCAGGUGUUCAGCGAGUACGCCCGGGCCUGUGCCCACGCUGACCACCCACUGCACGGCUGGAGGCAGCACAUUCCUCAGUGUGCAAAGCAGUGUCCUUCAGGUCUGCACUACAGAGAAUGUAUCAGCUGCUGCCCAGAGACCUGCAACCUGGAGCGAACAUGCAUCGACAGCAAGCUGGCCUGUUUGGAUGGAUGCUACUGUCCUGAUGGUCUGAUCUAUGAGGACGGAGGCUGUGUGACGCCCUCCGACUGUCCCUGUGAGUAUCACGGCAUGUUCUAUCCGUCUGGACAGACGCUGCAGGAGGAAUGCAACAACUGCACAUGCGUGGGUGGAGUGUGGAACUGCACCGAGUACAGCUGCCCAGGCGAGUGCUCUGUGACCGGUGAUAUGUAUUUCCAAUCCUUUGACGGCCGGAUCUUCACCUUCCCUGCUACAUGUCAGUACGUCCUGGCCAAAAGCCGGAGUUCAGGGAAGUUCACGGUCACCAUCCAGAACGCCCCCUGUGGAGCGAAUUUGGACGGGGCGUGCAUCCAAUCAGUUAACCUGGUCAUUGACGAGGAUCCGAGAACGGAGAUUACACUGAGUCACAUCGGAGAGGUCUUCAUGGCUGGACAGUACCGCAUCUCUCUGCCGUAUUCUGACGACGUCUUCCACAUCCAGGAGCUGUCGUCGCUGUUCCUGCAGGUGAAGACGGCGUUCGGGUUGCGUCUGCAGUACAGCUGGAAGGAGUUUCGUCUCUACCUGCAGGCCGACGAGCUGUGGAAGGACGACACGGUGGGGCUGUGCGGCACCUUCAACGGCAACAUCCAAGACGACUUCCUCUUGUUUUCUUGCAGAUCUCCGUCGGGGAUGAUAGAAAGCACUCCUAAUCUGUUUGGAAACGCCUGGAGAGUCUCGUCAGCCUGCUCCCCCAGCCUGAGUACGCCUCAGCUCGACCCCUGCGACACACACCAGCAAGCCGUGACCUAUGCCUCGGAGAUGUGUGACGUCCUGAACCAGGAUCUGUUCUCUGCCUGCCACGAGUACCUCAGUCCGACCUCCUUCCAUCAGCAGUGUCGCUCCGACACCUGUAAGUGUGGGACACCUUGCCUCUGCUCGGCGCUCGCGCACUACGCCCGCCACUGCCGCAGAUUCUCCGUCAUCGUCGACUUUCGAUCGCAGAUGCCCGACUGUGCGCUCACCUGUCCUCCAACAAUGGAGUAUGGCACCUGCGUGUCGUCCUGCCAGCGCCGUUGCUCCGCCCUGUCCAUCCCGCAGCACUGCGGGGAGGAGUGUGAGGAGGGCUGCGUCUGCCCCCCGGGAUCCUUCUACAACCAUCGAACACACUCCUGCGUGCACAGGAGCGACUGUCCCUGCAGUUUCCUUGGAGCAGAUUACGAACCUGGAGAUGUGAUCAUGACGUCAGCAGGUGUUCAAAUCUGUCUGAACGGUAAACUGGUCUCCCAGACGACAGACAGUGACAUGUUGUGUCCGGCCGGUCAGCUCUACCAGAACUGCUCAGAGGGAGAGGACGGCUUCUCGUCAGGAAGGGGUGUGGCCUGCGAGCGGACCUGUGAAUCGUACCUGCUCAACCUCACCUGCUCCACACACGAGCCCUGUGUGGCCGGAUGUACCUGCCCUCAUGGCUUGUUGAAACAUGGCGAUGAGUGCUUUGAACCUGCAUCAUGCCCCUGUCUAUGGAAAGGAAAAGAGUAUUACCCUGGCGACAGAGUCUCCUCCCCCUGCCAUCAGUGUGUUUGCCAGCAUGGGACGUUCCAGUGUGAGUUUCAUCCGUGUCCGUCGAUGUGCAUGGCUUACGGGGAUCGCCACUACAGGACGUUUGAUGGACUGUUCUAUGACUACGUUGGUGCAUGCAAAGUGUACCUGGUUAAGAGCAGCGCUGAUAUGAUGCUCAGUGUGGCGGCUGAGAACGUGGAUUGUUUCGACAGCGGAGUCAUCUGCAGGAAAUCUCUGCUGAUCAACAUCGGCAGGUCCUUUGUAGCGUUCGACGAUGACACAGGAAAGCCAAAUCCAUCCAGUGUGAUUGACAGGAAGCAGAGGAUGUUUAUCUGGCCAGCUGGAUACUACACAGUGGUUCAUUUCCCAGAGGAAGACGUCACCGUCCUCUGGGACCGUAAGACAACCGUCCACAUCCAAGUUGGACCUCGCUGGCAGGGGAAGUUAAGCGGGCUGUGUGGAAACUUUGACAUGAAGACGGUAAACGAGAUGCGGACGCCAGACAACAUCGACUCCCCGACUCCGCAGGAGUUUGGAAACAGCUGGACUGCAGCAGAGUGUGUGAACAGUCCAGACAUCAGACACCCCUGCAGCCUCAGUCCUCUCAGAGAGCCUUUUGCAAAGCGUCAGUGUGCCGUGCUGCUCAGUGAGGUUUUCCAGGCCUGCCACCCAGUGGUGGAUGUCACCUGGUUCUACAUGAACUGCCUGGCAGACACAUGUGCCUGCAGUCGCGGAGGAGACUGUGAGUGUUUCUGCACCAGCGUGGCGGCUUACGGCCAGCGCUGCUGCCACCAGGGCGUUCCUGUGGACUGGCGCUCCCCAUCCCUGUGCCCGUAUGAUUGUGAAUACUACAACAAAGUUCUGGGUAAAGGUCCCUUCAGGUUGAUCACCUUCAGAGACCGGACGACGUGGUUGGCGGCCAGCAGGUCCAGCGGUUUGGUUUUCCUGCAGCGCGGCAACCUCAGUGACAUCACCGCCUCCCGAGUCCUGUCACAGUUCAUGAUGACGCCAGGCCUCAGCAGAGCCCGACCACACGACACAUCCCGGGUUUCCUUUGAGGCUGCUGACAGACCAAACUACUUCCUGUACGCGAGCCCAAGCGGCCAAGUGAGUUUGAACAAGUGGGAGGACAGCGAGGCGUUCUGGGACGGGGCCACCUUCGUCCUCCACAGGAACACCUGGAUCCCCGGCUACGACUCGCUGGAGUCCCACGCCAAACCCGGCUUCUUCCUGUACGCCAUGCUGCCCCGCCUCCACCUGCUCAGACACAGACACACCGACAGCUUCCGCAAGGCCACGCUGUUCAGACUCACAGGUCCCAGCCCAGAUUCUCAACCUGCUCCUCGGUGUCAGUGGAGGUAUGAUUCCUGCGUCGUCCCCUGCUUCAAGACAUGCAGCGACCCGUCAGCUGAAGCCUGUGUCAGCAUCCCAGAAGUGGAGGGCUGUCUUCCUGUCUGCCCAUCGCACAUGGUCCUGGAUGAAGUCACCCGUCGGUGUGUCUACAGUGAAGACUGCAUCAAGGUCCCAGUUGCUGUGAAGCCUGUAAUACCAUCAACUGCUCAUCCAACCUCUGCAGCUGUCACUUCAUCAAUCACCUCAAGCCCUGCUUCCUCCACAACCCCCCUAAAGACCACGACCACCACAGCAGCAUCCUCCAACCCUCUGCAGACUGCUUCUACCGCUAAAUUCACCACCUCUAUCCCUGCAGUGAGCACACACACAUCAUCUAAGUCACCAUCUGUGCCUGAAGAGCAACCACAUCCAACCACCGUCGCCCCCUCUGCAGCUCCUGAGCUCUCUACAACAGUAGGACCCCCUUCUUCACCAACAGCGCCCCCUGCAGUCAGGCCAGAGGUGGAUGAGCCUCUCUCUACUGUUAGGGAAACAGAAGCCUCGGCCACAACUGUAGCAAGUGCAACAUUAAGGACAACUGGAGCAGUUAGCUCUACAAGUAACCCCUUUGCUCCCAGUACAUUCAGAACAAGCAGCGCUCCCUACGCCAUCACAGCACUGCUCUGGGUCACCUCAUCCACAAAGCCAGACUUCCUAGAGCCACUCUACACCACCACUUCCACAACCUUGCAGCCAUCUGCAGCACCUACCACAAGCACCAUUCCAAGACCAACCACCAUCACUGCUUCCCCUCCUGUUGUCCUACACCCAACCAAAGACACUACAGAGGCUACAACUCCAUCAGCAGCAGUUACUCCAAUUGCAACCACUACUAGUCCAAGACCUGAGCCAGUCUCGCAGACAUCUGGAAUUACUGAAAGGACUACUAUACCCAGUGCAUCUACUACUGCAUCCAUAGACACCAGCACCAAGCCUGUCACAGUGGAGCAACCUCCCCCAACAACUACACUUAUCCCCGCAAGCACAGUCUCCACAACCUCUUCACCACUCCCAAUGUCAACACCUGUAGAAACAGAAAGUGUGCCAUUACCCGCAGUCACCUCAGUGAAAACCACAGAAUCUGUCACACCAGUUGCACUUUUCCCGACAAGUAGACCAACAGCGUACAUAAGUCCAGAGGCAACAUCACCACCUGUCACAACAGAGAAGAUUCAUCAGACAACUUCAACUGAACUGACAACUUCUUCAACGACUGUUCCCGAGUCUCCAACAUCAAGCACAAUCCACGCAGCACCAACUACAACUGCUCCUACUUCAGCAGCUACAGACUGGAGAACAACGACGACAAAGAAAGCGACCACACUUGAAUCCACUGUAUCUGAGAUACCUGCAACUACCAGAACAACGACUGAACUGCCAACUUUAGAGAUCACAGGCACCACAACCUCUUCUGCAUCCACCACCACAACCUACUCUGAGAGAACAUCCUGGUCAGCUGCUGUCCCCACAACAGAGAAAACCACAACUCCAAGAGCUCCAGAGGUUUCAGAAUUGUCCAGUGUGUCCGUAAGUUCCACUGUUACAACGAAACCAACUUCUACACCAGUGUCUCUUCCACAAACCACUGCUGCACCACUUUCACCAACAACGGAAAGCUCCACCCAUACUACGUCUACCACUCAGACAUCUGAGCAGUGGCGUCCUUCCCACUGGGAGACCUCCUCCAUCCCUGGCUACAGUCCUACAAUGAAGACUAAACCAGAGAUCACUUCUGAAACUGGCUUCCACUUUGUCACAUCCAUUAAAACUACAGAAAUGUCUGGCCUUCCUGUAACAUCCAAAGUGGUUCCCACCUCUGCUACAUCAUCUGCUGCCACAUCAGCCACCACCAGAACUACAAUUUCCCCAGAAAUCUUAGAAAUUCCUGCCACCACAACCAAUACACUGGUCACACACCAUCCUCCACCCGGUAUUCCUGAGACACUUCUCACCACUGUCUCCACAGGAGCCCCACCAGGUGUCGUUACCACCACUCCCGGACCUGUAAUCGUACAGCCCAUUACAGAGACAACACAUACACCAACCAGCAGAGAGGAGUUGCAAACAAGAUCCACUGCUGAGCCACCUCCAUCUUGGUCUCAGCUGCAGACAACUACUUCCACCGCAGCUCCAAGGACGACGACUAUCCAGGAUAAAGUCACCACUCGGUUGGUAUCCACUGCAAGAGUUUCACCUGCUACAACGACUACCACCAGCACUCAGAUGACCACCAUCAGAACAACCCCAAGAGUUCCUGUGACAGCAAGAGUUACCCCAAGGUCAACCAUCAGGCCAAUCACUGCAAGGGUUACUAUAGCAACGAGGCCACCAACAGAAGCUACCAGAUCAACCACUAUUGUCCCUAUAACUGACGCACCAAGCCCUGGCACAACAACCACGUCAAGAGUCCCGUCUACAACACCUGCAGAGUCUGUAACAACAGAAAGAGCAGACACUACCAUAUCAACUACCAUAGCAACUACCAUAACCUCUCCAAUGCCUGUUCCUCCUGAAACAACAGCUACAGCUACUACAGCUAUCCCUACGGUGACCACCAGAGAGUCAUCAACAUCUGAGAAAACCAUAACAAUAAAAGACACUGACAUGUCACCAUCCACUUCCAAAGCUGUUACACCGCCACCUGAAACACCGAUUUCCACCCAGAAGCCUGGUGUGCCCACUCCCUCUACAACUUCAGUCCCAGCAGCCUCCUCAGGAAGGACAACUGAGCAGGACACAGUGGAUCAUACCACUCCAAGUGCAACAACACCUGCUGCUCUGACGUCGCCUCAUUCACCAACAGAAACAACCAGACACACCACAGAGAGGACAAUACCCAUGGCUGUAUCACCAACAAGGAUGUGCACUCCUCCGUAUGCUGAGAUUGUCGAUGAAUGCACAAAGUACAUCUGCGUCAACAACCAGCUUGUCCUGUUCAACAAAUCCCAGAGCUGCCCCUUCACUUCUGACCCUCCGAACUGUGGCCUGCUCGGCUUUGCCAUACUGGUCAAUGGAGACAAGUGCUGCCCUAAGUGGGACUGUCCAUGUCGCUGCUCAAUGUUUCCAGAUCUGAAUGUGAUCACGUUUGAUGGGAACAGUGUUGCAAUCUACAAGGCUGCCUCAUAUGUGGUGACCCAGCUGCCCAAUGAGACUGUCAGCAUCCUGGUUCAGGAGUGUCCUGCCGACUCUGAUUCACCUCUCCUCUGGAAUUUCACCAACCUGUGUCUGGUGGCGCUCAACAUCACCCACAACUCUAACCACAUCAUCAUCAACAGGCUGCAGAGGAGGCUUUAUGUCAAUGCUCGGUAUGCCAAGCCUCGCUUCAAAAAGUUUGGCUUUGAGAUAUACGACACCGGCAACAUGUACCUGAUCCGCAGCCCGGCCGGUCUCAAGCUGCAGUGGUACCACAGCACCGGCAUGAUGGUGAUCGACACUGAAGGCUCAAGCAACAAGCUUCCCACCAUGGGCCUCUGUGGUUUCUGUGACGGGGACCCAACAAAUGACCUGACCAUGGCAAACGGCACAACAGUGGGUGUAAAUGAAGAUCCGGCUCUUUUCAUCGACAGCUGGCAGGUUCCCAACACCACCAGCUACAUCAGCCACAGCCGCCGCCGAGAGCACAACUGCUCCACGAGCGACUGCUCCAGCUGCCUCAGCAUGCUGCAAAAGAACGCCUUUUCUCCCUGCCAUGCCUUUGUCCCACCAAGCACAUUCUGUGAGGUUUGGGUACGGGACGCGGAGUAUGUCAACAACCAGUGUGUGGCCCUGGCUGCUUACGUGGCCUCUUGCCACAAAUUCAACAUCUGCAUCGAGUGGAGGAGUCCAGAUUACUGCCCCUUCCUGUGUCCCGACACUCUGAGAUAUCAGGCAUGUCUUCCCACCUGCACGUCUCAGUCCUGCCCAAACCACGACUAUGACUCAGACCCAGACCAGUGUUCAGGCCUGACGGAGGGCUGCGUCUGCCCGGAGGGAACUCUCCUCCAUCGGCCGUACUCCGCCCUCUGCAUCUCACCUGAGAAGUGUGCCUGCACUGACAGCUCAGGUGUUCCUCAUGCACACGGUGAGAUCUGGAAAGCCUCGAAGGACGCCUGCUGCAUGUACCGCUGCGACAACGACACCAUCGUUCCCAUUGAGUACAACUGUUCCAACGUAGCCGCCCCCGUGUGCCAAAGAGCAGGAGAGGUGAUCAUCAGCCUCGCUGACGACACCAGCUGCUGCCCACGGAGAGUCUGCGUGUGUAACCAGAGUCUGUGUGAGCUGCUCCCUCCUGAGUGUAAGUACGGGGAGAAACUGGUGUCGUACUACAGACAGGACUCGUGCUGCCCGGACUACGUGUGCGAGUGUGAUCCCGACCUCUGCGAGUCCGAUAUUCCCGCCUGCAGAGAGGACCAGACUGUGAUCGCCACCCGAGCCGACGGCAGCUGCUGCCUCGCCCACAUCUGCAUGUGUUCUUCCUGUGCGGAGACGCCUCCUCGCUGUCAGGAUGGCGAGGUGCUGACGGUGGACGGUAACACCACAGACCACUGCUGCCCCGCCUACCAGUGUGUGUGUGAGCCCUACAGGUGUCCUCAGCUGACUUGUCCUGUCGGGAUGUCGGUGUCGUCCGUCUCCACUCCGGGUCGCUGCUGUCCCAGCCAAUCAUGUGAGUGUUCCUGUGAAAAGAUCACCUCCCCAAAAUGCGGCCUGGGAGAGGCUGCACAGCUGGACCGAGCCUUCCUGUCCGACCCUCAGAACCAGUGUGCCUGCAAAAGAUACAAGUGUGUGCGUGAGGCGGUGUGUGUGUUUGGAGAGCGAAGCGUGUUGCGGCCGGGUCAGACUCUGGUGGAGCACGAUGAGGACGGAUUGUGUCACAGCAGGCAGUGCAGCCGCAGCCUCGACCCGGCGAGCGGCUUCCACCUGCUACGCACCAGCAGCAUCAACUGCUCCGCCCACUGCCGACCAAAUCAGAUGUACAUCCCCCCGAAGGAUCAGUCGACGUGCUGCGGAGUGUGUAAGAAUAUUUCCUGCCUCUAUGAACAUGAGAAUGGGACAGCAGUUCUCUAUAAGCCGGGGAGGUCGUGGGUUUCAAACUGCAUGAAGUUCGACUGCACUGACACUUUAUCUGGACCCACACUCAUCUCCUACUCCUUCAGCUGCCCGCCUUUUAAUGAAACAGAGUGUAUGAAGAUCGGUGGAACUGUCGUAAGUUAUAUGGACGGAUGCUGCAAGACAUGUACUGGAUUCUCUCUGUUCCCUUUCCCCACUAGCCCCCUGACUCCCACAGUUAACACAAACUGUGAACGAGGCAAAGAAGACGGGAAGUCUUGUCAGAAGGUCACAGUGAGGAUGACGAUCAGAAAGAACGACUGUCGCAGCAACAGGCCGGUGAACAUCGUGUCAUGUGAUGGAAAGUGUCCGUCUGCCAGCAUCUACAACUACAACAUCAACACAUACGCUCGCUUCUGCAAGUGCUGCAGGGAGACGGGGCUGCAGCGGCGCUCCGUGCAACUUUACUGUAGCAGCAAUUCAACGUGGGUCAGCUACACGAUCCAGGAGCCGACAGACUGCUCCUGCCAAUGGUCCUAAACACAUACACACGCAAACACACACAUAUAUACACACACACUGUUUAUAGUUACAUGCAGUUAAACUGUAAGAUAUUGGAGAGGAAGAAAAGAAACAUUGAACAGCCAUGUUGCUUUAAAGGGUUCAGAGUGUGAAAAACUGAGCUGUGAUUGGCAGGAGUGCAUGACUGACUGGUUCUUGAUCUAACAGUCGUGGGUCCUGCUGCCUCUGCUGGCAGGUAGGUGGUAUUGUGGUGUAAACAAUGGGUCGUUUUUACUCAGCAGGCAGCUGGAGAUCCUUUGAUAUUAACCUCCCUAGUGAAAUUAAAAAAAGGGUCACAAAGAUAAGAUAGCGGCCUACUUAUGUAUUUUUUUAUACAGCACUUGGUUGUUAUGACGUUCAGCAGAUUUCUUGCUGAUGAUGUCCGAUAAAAAUCAGAUUCAGAUUAUUUAAGUUGUUGGUAACACUUAAAAUGAAGGAAAUAAUAUUCACCAUUGACUAAUUGCUUAUUAUCAUGCUAAUUAGUAGCAUGGUGCAGUGGUUAGCGCUGUUCCCUCACAGCAAGGAGAUUCUCUGAGUGGAGUUUGCAUGUUCUCCCCUUGCAUGAGUGGGUACUCGGCUUCCUCCCACAGUCCAAAGACAUGCUCAUUAGGUUAAUUGGAGACUCUAAAAUUGUCAGUAGGUGUGAAUGUGAUUGUGGCUGGUUGUCGUCUCUGUAUGUCAGCCCUGUUAUUGACAGGUGAACAGUCCAGGGUGUAGCCCGCCUUUCGCCAAAUGACAGCUGGGAUCGGCUCCAGGUACUAGUAAUUGUUUAAUAAUGACUAAUAAGCAGCUAGCAUGCUACUAAUUAGCAUGCUAAUAAGCAACUAGUUCAUGUUGAAUAUGUUGACCUUUAUUUAAAGUGUUACCAAGUCGUUUAAUGUGCUCAUAAUACUUAACUAUUAUCAAACUUAUAAUUGACACAUUUAGAAACACGCUGCAGAUUGAGCUCAGAUGUUUUACUUUCCUGCCACUCCUCCACGUACCUGCCAGCCGUUAAAGAAAAUGUCUAGCAGAGUCAAAGAGUAAGAGGCGAUAUUUUGUGUGGGAACUUGGUGUUUAUUGGCUGAGAAGUGAAAGAUUUGAAAAUGAUUUUUUUGUGAAACAGACGAUCCCUUCAGAGAGUCGCAUGGUGACCCUGAACCGCGUGCGUUGUGCCGUCUUUUUGUAAAUAACUUUCUUUACUGUCUUUGAGAAAUCAUUUGAAAUGUAAAAUUCUUCUAUUUUUCACUUCUAGAGAGGUAACGAUCAACUGUACACAGAGUAAUCUGAAAUGUACUUUUACAUAAUCAAUACUAGCAAAGCUUUAUUCGUUGAUUGACUUCCAGCUGUAUGUGGAGCACUUUAUUUAUUUAUUGGAGUUUGAUAGAGCACAGCCGUUCUGAUUUUGUAAACAAAGAGAGGACAUCUUUUUUUUCUCUCUUGUUGGGUCACAAAGAAAACAAACAGAUGCAACACGAUCCCGGGAAAUAUUCGACACAUGUUUCUCUGUCAACAAACAUUUGUUAAUGUUAAUCCCACUUUGAUAGUAAAGAGGAUUUGUAUCAUACAAAUGUACAUUUGCAUUUUCAAUAAAUAUUUUCUUUGGAAAA